AUGCAAGUGCAUUGCACACCGUACUCUGAACUCCUCAAGGGGGUUAUUCGUUGCCCUGAUCUUGCUGGGGUACCAGAGACGGAGAUUGUGCAAGGCCUUGCUGAACAACAUGUUACAGCUGCUAGACCCGUGAAAAUCAAACGAGAUGGAAAAGAAAUCAUAACUAACACUAUCAUUCUUACAUUCGGCAUCCCAUUCCUUCCAAGUUCUGUAAAAGUAGGUUAUCUUCAAACAAAGGUCACCCAGUAUAUACCAAAUCCCCUCCAAUGCUAUAACUGCUUUAAAUUUGGACACAACGAAUCAAACUGCAAAGGAGAAUUCAUUUGUCACAAAUGCAAACAAAACGGUUUCUCUCAUGAGCCAGACAGGUGCAAGGGUCCAUUGUGUUGUGUGAAUUGCGGCGAGGAACAUUCAGCCAGGUCUCGCGACUGCAAGACAUGGAGGAUUGAAAAGGAGGUCCUCAAUGUCAAGUUCACGCAGGGCAUUGGAUUCCCUGAAGCCAGACGAAUCGCAAUUGCUAAGUUCAUGCCUCCAUCAUUGACAACAACAUAUUCUUCAAUUACAAAAUCAAAUGCACCAAAAUCAACAACGUUUUUUGACGCGUCUACGCAAACUGAUUCUAUGCCUGUCCAAGAUUUACCAAAGGAAAAGCCGAAAGUAUCAGAAAAACCUUCGCUGACACCACAAGCUCCAAAGGCAGCUGCUAAACCAACACUGCCACCAGUUGUACAAAAUGUACCAAAGUAUUCAAGCACGCCAUCAUCACGACAAAACGUUAUACCAAAUUCCAAUCAACGUGGG